AUGGCUCUGAACGAGAGGAAGACGAUAGACUUGGAGCAAGGAUGGGAGUUCAUGCAGAAAGGUAUCACGAAGUUGAAGAACAUAUUAGAGGGACGCCCCGAGACUCAGUUCGGUCCAGAGGACCGCAUUAUGCUCUACACGUAUGGGCUUUUCCCCUGGUUUUUCUUUCCUUGUUUUUUCGUGCGUCUGUUUUUGGUACUUUGGCUGAUAUGAUUUUACAUGUUCCUUAGGACAAUAUACAACAUGUGCACUCAGAAACCGCCUCAUGACUAUUCACAACAGCUCUAUGACAAGUACCGGGAGGCAUUUGAAGAAUACAUCACAUCGAUGGUAAGAAGAGACCAUGAACGUUGUAUUCCUCUUCCGUUGAACUACAUGUGCCUUUGUCUGCACUUGCAGACGGCUUUCAAGUAUCGUGACCUGAUGCAUUUGCACCUGUGAAAUCCUUCAGUUAUCUUUUGUUGUUUACAUCCAGUGAUGAUGAUGAUAGUUUCUUUCUUUUGGUGCAUAAGGCGACUUAAUUUAAUCUACGUUUGUUGAGUUUGGGCUUUUUAUUUUUUUAUUGGGAAUGUGGUUUCUUCUUUAACUGGAUCACAAUCAUCAGUUAUUUUAUUGAAUUAUAAGAUAUAUCAGUUGGAAAUGUUACAUUAUCAUUUAGUGAAACAUAUCCACCUUGGGUGUUGGUAGUCUGACUCGAGUUAGCAACAGUUUUCUUAGAGACAGGGUAUUUGAUAAUGUCUAGUAGACAUUACUGUGAUUAGGGUUUGGUCAAAAUCACAUGAUCAAUUACUGAUUUCAAUGACUAGAAAGAAAAAGUUUGUGGCUUUUAUUGUAAAUGGGAUCGUUUUACAUAUUGUUAAAAUUAAGGGAUGAAAGUCAAAGACUAGUGAAAAUUAGGGGAAGAAUUUUUUUGGGAUGGAUGCUUUACGCAUUGACCAACCUGAAAUCACUACUGUUUGUCUUUUACUCUCUGGUAUCAUUUGUAACUUUUGUUCGUUUCUUCUCAAUCAGUUACCAUUCUUGAGAGAACUUUAAACGAUUCUCUAACUCUUCAGGUGAUGCCAUCACUAAGAGAGAAACAUGAUGAGUUCAUGCUGAGAGAACUUGUGAAAAGGUGGGAAAAUCAUAAAGUCAUGGUCAGAUGGCUUUCUCGGUUCUUUUAUUAUCUAGAUCGCUAUUUUAUUGUUCGAAGAUCACUUCCUCCUCUCAAUGAAGUUGGGCUCACGUGCUUCCGUGACUUGGUGCGUCAAUAUUUUUCAUCUUUUAGAAAUGAUGUGCUUAUUUAACGCUUGUUUCUUUGUUUAAGCCUUUUCUCCUACUUUGUUAAAGUUAUACGUUCUUCAACACUUUCAGAUAUACCAAGAAAUGAGGGGAAAAGCUAGAGAUGCUGUUAUAUCAUUGGUAUGCUUUGAAAAAUCUUGUGUAUUUCAGCAACCUGGUUUUAUUUGUUCUCAGACUGAUUUCUGAAUCAGAUUGACCGAGAACGUGAGGGUGAACAAAUCGAUCGUGCUUUACUGAAGAAUGUGCUGGAUAUAUUUGUUGAAAUUGGAUUGGGACAAAUGGAUUGUUAUGAAAAUGACUUUGAAGCAGCAAUGCUUGACGAUACUGCUUCUUAUUAUUCAAGAAAAGCGACAAGAUGGAUUAUGGAGGAUUCCUGUCCAGAGUACAUGCUAAAGGUAUAUUUAUUUUACUUUUGGUUAUAUUUGUUGUUUUGUGCACUCUCAGUUGCUGGUUGUUUGUAUCUACUUCAGGCUGAGGAAUACUUGAGAAGGGAGAAAGAUAGGGUCUCUCAUUAUCUGCACUCUAGUAGCGAGCAGAAGCUGUUGGAGGUCAUUUUCAUGCCCCAUUUUUUUAGAACUGUUUUAUUUUCUCGUUUUUCUUUAGUAUCUGAGGCUCAAGAGUUCCUCUUAUUCUUAAUUUAUGCUGAUAUCAAAACUUCCGAUGCAGUGAUGCUCUUUGGAUUUUGUCAUCUUUGCAGAGAGUACAGCACGAGCUACUUUUUGUGUAUGCCAGCCAGCUGCUUGAAAAGGAACAUUCGGGAUGCCAUGCUUUGCUGAGAGAUGAUAAGGUACAGUUAAGUGCACCAAUUGAUGUUCAUCAUGUUUCUAGAUCAUUGUAUUGGAAAAGCUAUGCAUGUCUCAUGCGGGUAGCUCCUUUUUCUUCCCUUGUUUUGUCAGGUGGAUGAUCUUUCUCGGAUGUUCAGGUUAUUUUGCAGAAUACCUCGUGGCUUGGACCCUGUUUCUCAAAUUUUUAAACAAGUAUGAUGCUACUCCAUUCCUAGCGGUGUUUUAGUAACACUUAAAUCUGGUAACCCUAUUCAAUCAAUAAUGUUGUGAUUUCGUUUUUUUGAUGGUUCAUGUUGCAGCAUGUCACUGGUGAAGGUAUGGCAUUGGUCAAACAUGCAGAAGAUGCAGCAAGUAACAAGGUGCGUGUAUAUCAAUUCCAAGUAAAUUACUGUCUAGGAUGCUGGAAUUAUUAGUGACUUGGUCUGUACACUAAGGGCUGGUUUCAUAUCCAGUCAGGGGGGUAACUUGGUUAACCUAGUUUUGGUUCCGGAUUCUAUUUUAAACAACUUUGAUAGUGAUAACACCCUUUGAUAUUUUAUACGACUUUGAUACUCGUCGUCAGGAUGGUGUCCCACCAUUCGACCUUAUAGCCAAAUAUGUUAAGUGACUUUACCUUGGGAUAUCCCUAAUCAGGCCUCUCAUGGCUUGCAUAAAUCUGGAUAAACCAGACUAUAUAGUUCUAACCAUUAUCAAACCGCUGCAAAAGGUGACUGGAUUGUAAAAAAUUUAGUUGGGAAUAAAAUUUCUUUAAAGUAGAACCAAUGAACCGUAGGUUUUGUACAUGCAACGUCUCCCAAGAAAAGAAUUCCACUAGGGAACCCAUAUGAAGGUUUUCGAUCAACUUUGCCCCAUAACCAAAAAAUGAUGAUUCUGCUCAAUGUUUGAGCUUGAUUCUUUUUCAUUGCAGUGCCAGUUAAUAUUUAAGCUUCAAUGAUACCAGAGAAUUUGAAGAUUACUUUCAUAAUUGUUGCAAUGAUGACUUUUCUCUUCAAAAAGUCGUCCAUUACCUUAAUAAGUUUCCUUUUUGAUUAAUAGCAAAAAUAGAUUGUGAUAAGUGGUGGCUCUCUUCAUGAACAUUUGAAUUGGACGAAUAGUUGCACACAUCUGUUACUUGGUUAGCGAUCAUAUUUUGAAUCAUACUGAAGGGCUUCUUUUUUUUAAACGAUGUCUCUUGCAAGCUGAAUUGGGAUAGCUUGCUUAGGGGGAUUCUUUUGAUAUAAUUCCUAAAUGGAGAUCAGGUAUAAAACGUGAAUGCCUUGGAAGGUUAUCUCAAAAAUUAUGCUUUUGAGUAAUCUUUUGCUUAUGAUAAACUUUGCUUAACCAAAGCAAGUUAUACAUUCCUUUGUCACAAGUUGUGGUACUAAAAACUAUGGAGCAUUAUUUACGAGAAUCAUUGGAACUAUAUUUCUUUACUCGAAAAUCAUUGGUUCCAAACUUUGAUUUUGAUGGAGGAUGUAUCUGGUGUCUUUCCAGAACUUGAGGUGCACAGGCAGAUAAGAUGAGCUGGUCUUGUGAGGUGAAUUUGUGUAAAGGAAAAAAAAUGAACUAGAUUGUACAGUGGUUUUUUAUUAGUUGUUAUCUUGAGGUUCAGCAAUUUCUAUCUCCUCUUUACACAUAUCGGAAAUAAGUCGAAAGGGAGACUCCUGAGUUAUUAUUCUGCUUUUCUUUGUUCAGAUCAAGUGGCCACUGUAAAUGCUCACUCAGUUAAUGCCCAUUGAGUAAUGUGAACUUGAGUAGAUACUAAAGAAUCAUAAUUGUUUUGAACUAUAAAUUGUUUUCUUCAUGGCUUAUAUCUCCAAAUUUAUGCUACUAAGUUGUAACCUUUUUAGAAUGUGCGGAAAUGGGGACCCAUUAUCAUGUUUCGUUUUGAUGGUGGUUAAUUAGUGCUGCUUUGCUACUAAGUAGAAGACAGAGGCACUGUAGUCGUUAAGGUGAUUGACAGUGUACUUAUUGCGAGUGCUUGUGCAUUGUGUUGUGGUUUUGUAGCCUUCUCUCACCUUGUCUGUACGGUCAUAUGCAUCUUUAAAGCAGCUUUGUACCAUCCAUUUGUAAUGAGCUAUUAACUUUUUCUUCUUCAUAGGUAGAGAAAAGGGAUACUGUAGGCUUGCAUGAGCAGGUAAGUCUUGUGGUGUUUAGACUUAUAUAUGCUUUGAUGCUCCUUUUCAUUGAUUGGUUGUUCCUUAUUCAGGUUUUUGUCAGAAAAGUGAUUGAGCUUCAUGAUAAGUACAUCACAUAUGUUAACGACUGCUUUCAGAGUCACUCUCUCUUCCACAAGGUUUGCACUGAAGUAUUUUAAUCCGUUGUUUUGAAGUUAUUAUUAUUAUUAUUUUUAUAUGGUCUUCGUUAUCUUUGAAGGCACUCAAAGAGGCUUUUGAAAUAUUCUGCAACAAGGGAGUCUCUGGUAGCUCAAGUGCUGAGCUCCUGGCGACUUUCUGUGAUAGUAUCCUUAAAAAGCGUGGAAAUGAGAAAAUGAGUGACGAAGCAAUUGAGGAAACACUUGAAAAGGUUGCUAGUGUUCGUCGUAUUUUCUCCUUUUUUUCAAGUUGCAAGUUCCUUGUGGCCCUUUUCUUAUUGUUAUUUGCCUAUUUUUCAAGUUCUCAUCUCGCCGUAGAUUAUCAGCAUAGAUAAUAUAAUAGUUCCCUAGUGGAUGUGUGGGAGGAGAAGAGAUUGGCUAAUAUCUAGAUUGGAGAGAGGUUUACAGGUUAUCAGAUGGCAUCAGUUCUAGCAAAGAAGACUAACAUGAGAACAUUAAUGCAUAUUGUCAUAAUUUAUGUGGCUUAGGACCUUGACUACACUAUAAUGAGUACUAAUUGAGAACUUUGAUGGAUGAAAUGAAGAAAGAUAUGAAAUCAGACAUGUCGAAUAUAAAGAAGAUUUAUCAUAUGUGAAAUAGCGAAGUAGUGUCCCCAAGCCCAACGAGUUUGGUAUUUAACGAAACGUUCUCCUUUUCUUUUAAUAUACAGGUAGUAAAGUUGUUGGCAUAUAUCAGCGACAAAGAUCUUUUUGCUGAAUUCUACAGGUGAAUAUCUUGUUGUCAUGAGCAGCAGUCGUAAUUUCUGGUUUCUCCUUGACUUGAUAAAUCUAUCAUGUGAUGCUUCUGUAGAAAGAAGCUUGCUCGGAGGCUUAUUUUUUAUAAGAGUGCCAAUGAUGACCACGAGAGAUGUAUUUUGACGAAGCUCAAGCAACAGUGUGGUGGCCAAUUCACCUCCAAGAUGGAGGGCAUGGUAUAUUUUUAUCCAAGCCUAAGCCCUCGUGGAUCUGGUGAUAUUUUCCCAUUCAUAUUGGUGAUGGAUGCUUAUUCAUCUUCUGAUAUUGAUAUUUUUCUUAUGUUCAUAGGUGACUGAUUUGACUUUGGCAAGGGAAAAUCAGGCACAAUUCGAGGAAUAUCUUAGCAAUAAUCCACAAGUAAAUCCUGGAAUUGAUUUAGCCGUCAAUGUACUGACGACUGGAUUCUGGCCGAGUUAUAAGUCCUUCGAUCUUAAUCUUCCUGCUGAGAUGGUGAUAACUCAUUUCUAUUUAUUUAUCAUUGUAGUUAAUGAUAUAUGCAUUUAUUUUGUAUGUAUUAUUCUCAUGCUUUUGAUGUCCACGGACAAUUGGUUUUAGGUGCAUUGUGUUGAGGUCUUCAAGGAGUUUUAUCAGACAAAAACGAAACAUAGAAAGUUGACAUGGAUAUACUCCCUGGGUAUGGGUCAUGUCAAUGGCAAAUUUGAAGCCAAAACCAUCGAGUUAAUUGUCACUACAUAUCAGGUACUUACUGUUACAUUUUGCUCUACUUCACGGGAGUUGCUGUCAAGAUUUUUGGGUAAAGAUUAUUAUGGAUUCUAUGAUGGUUUUUAUUUAUUUUUUUCUGUGUCCAGGCCUCUGUCCUGUUGCUUUUUAAUGCAUCAGAUAGGUUGAGUUAUUCUGAGAUUAUGAGUCAGUUAAACUUGACUGAUGAAGAUAUAGUCCGAUUGCUCCAUUCUCUUUCCUGCGCCAAAUACAAAAUUCUCAAUAAAGAACCAAACAACAAAACGAUCAGUCCAACCGACACGUUCGAGUUUAAUUCGAAGUUCACAAACACAUCGAGGAAGAUUAAGGUGCGAACUUGCCUACUCCCCGCUGUUUUUUUCCCCUUCCUUUGUGGGUUCUCUUAUGGGUUAUUUCAUUGGAGCUGAAGCAUGCCUUGCAGAUUCCUCUCCCCCCCGUGGAUGAAAAGAAGAAGGUUAUUGAAGAUGUUGACAAGGACAGGCGGUAUGCUAUUGAUGCCUCGAUCGUGAGAAUCAUGAAAAGUCGUAAAGUCUUGGGCCACCAUCAGUUAGUCACCGAAUGUGUUGAGCAGCUUGGCCGCAUGUUCAAGGUAAUCACAUACAUUCUUCCACCAUCCAUUUUAUAUCCGGUGAAUGGCAUCCUAGUUUGUGUGGUUCUUCGCUGUCUCAGCAGCAGAUUUAGACACCCAGAUUUAGAUCCCUCUUUAUUUUUUAAUGCUGUGUAUUCUUUUGUGCUUUUGGUCAACCAUAUCUCUGUGCCUUUUCUUUAUUCAAUGGUUGAUAUUUAGGGAAGAAAGGGGAUGAGAUAAUGUGAGCAGUCCCAGUUUGUACCAUUAUUGCUCUCAUGAAUAUCUUUAUUCAUUUCUUCCCACUUCAUAAAAUAGCAAUCUUAUCUACCCUCUCAGCCAUUCUGUGACUCCCUAGCUGGUGGUAGCUGCUUUCUCUAACUGUGUCCAAACAUGCAGCCCGACUUUAAGGCCAUCAAGAAACGCAUUGAGGACCUGAUCACCAGAGACUAUCUGGAGAGGGACAAGGAUAACCCCAACACAUUUAGAUACCUGGCCUGA